AUGUAUACAUUUUUUUAUUUCAAAGGUUUUUAUUCCAUUGUAAUAAUUAAUUUUUUUUUUUUCUUUAAAACAGUAUUCAAUUAUUUUGUAUUUUCUGCAUUAAUUAUAUAUACAGGAGUGACAAAUAAUAUCCUUUCAUGUAAAUGACUGGAAUAGAUUCCCUUUUGUUUGUCCUAUAAGGUGAGACUGACUUAGAAAAUUACAAAGAAGAAAACAAACAAACAAAAUACCUUUAAUCUUUUCAAAAAACAUUUUAAUUAUUCAAUUAACCAUGCAAACAAUAAUUUGCUAUUGUAUUAUGACCUUUGACAUACUUCUUUCAUUAGGUUAUAUCAUUAAUUGGAUUCUUUCAAACUGCUAAUUAUAGCAAUAGUAAUUCACCCAAACAAGUAACUAAUUAUGUCUAAUUAUGAAAAAUACAAUACAAUACAUUUAUAUUGUAUUUAUAACAACUAACGUGCACAAAAACUUUAAAGUGCAAUUAGAACUGGACGAAGUUACAACUAUAGAAAUUCAAUUAAUUUUUAUCAUACUGUUUGAAUGCUAAAAACAUAUAGAAAUGGAUACUUUACUACAAAUGAGUGACAAUCUCUUGCUUAAACUAAUGACCUAUGAAAGAAUACUGGAUCAAAGAUCUAGAAUGGAUAAUGAGUUGGACAGCUUGUAUAAACAAUUCAACGAAGCCAACAGAAACGAUCUACUACUGGCGAGAAUAUACACAACAACAGCCACAUGUUUACUAUACAACAAGUUACGCGAGGAGAAGUGGGACGAAAUUCAGCGUCUUUCUGACAACAUUACACAGACUGCUGUCAGUAUAGGGUACACGGACUACUUCAGUCUCAUAGAGCGUCACAAUAUCCCCACCCAGAUUACACCAGAUGCUGACGUCGUGACACAGAUUUGGGCGGAUUCAGAACGUCUGUUCACUCGUAGAGAUUGAACUGUUCUAUUUUUAUGACAGUUUUUAUAAUGAUGUGCUAAUGAGAAAGUUAUGUGCUAGAACAGUCUUCAAAUCUUGUCAUUUUAGGUCUUUUAUGACAGUUAUAUAAUAACGUGCUAAUAGAAUAGGAAAGUUAUGUGCCAGAAUUGUCUCCAACAAUUAAUAAACUCUUGCCAUCCUUAAUUUGUACAUUGGACUUCCCUUGCUUUAAAUAUUGAGCAGUCAGUUAGUGCCGAAAGAGAUUUGGAUAUCAUUAAUGCAUGUACAUACACUUAAACUGUGUAGCCAAUAAUCUGGUAAGGUCAGAGAGAACUGAUUCAAUCUGACUUUAUACUGGCAACAUAGAAAAGUGAUCAUCAAGCUGCGAUUUUAAUGCUACAUUAAGCAAAAUUAUAGUUAUACACAUAUAACAUAAUGCAAAACAUAUGAGAUAUAAUUGUGCUAUGAUAAAUGAAAUAAACAAUCUAAAUUUUGUAUUGUGUUGUUAUAAAAGAUUUCCAAAGAGUUUCAUUUUACACAGUCAAAAUGAAUUUAAAACAACAGGAGAACAAAAUGCAAUGAGUUUUAUGCAUGCCAUUCCAUGAAAUUGUAACUUCAACCAUAUAAAGAAGAAGAAAAAUCUUAGUCAAAAUGUAAAUAGACUAACUCCAAAAUAAAAAAUAUUUGGGUUUUUCCCAGCUAAUCUGUAGGUACAAAUAAACUUUUACAGUUUUGGCUUUGAAAAUGAACGCAACAGGUUGACUAAUAUUAUCUAUUGUGACAGGUAGUGCACUGUGAAGCUAUAACAGUGAAAGUUUAUUUGUUUCUAUGGAUUAGCUGGGAAAAAACAACAUUUUCUCAGUUCUAGAUAACAUCUAUUACAAAUAAACUUAUUAGUUCAGUUACCUUUUAGACAUGUUACAGAAUGAGCUAUUACUUCUAAUACACAUGAAGUGUUGUUCAACACAGCAAAAAAGAAAUAAAAGUUUAAUGUAAAUAAA